AUGUUAGUGAUUGACGAUCUGCGGAUUCUGACAUGCAUGAUGAGCGGUUAUUUCUUGCAUCUCGGCAAGUGCAUGCCCUUGGAGAGCACGUUAGCCUUUGGUCUGGUAGAUAGUUCAGAGAGUGUGCCCAGGGACUCGACGAAGGCAAAAGGAAAGAUGCAAAGGACAUUGUGGAUAACGUAUUGCUGCCACGCACUGCAUCGCCUGGUGGUCCUGCCACCAUUGAUGCUGAUGAAGGGCAAGUCAUUGUCUCCACAGCUUGUGAGUUUCCUGGUGGUUCUGGGAGCGGCUUGGCGGGGAGGCUGGGACCAUCAGCUGUACUUCUGCGAAGAGAACCAGCAAGGAAAGACAUAUGCACGUCAUGGCGGCUUCAUCGAGGGUGCGGAGCUUUUUGACCUGACUUACUUUGGACUUGGCACGGCCGAGGGUGUCUUCGCAGCCUUGAGCAACCUGGAUUGGUACCAGCUGGCCCUUCCGCAAGCUGGAGUCUACACUGGCUACAUCUUCGGCCUCACAGGGCCGAGUAUGACAGCCCUCGUCUCAGAAGUGCGGAGGCAGAUGCAGUACUUGCUUGGUAUUCCAGUUUCGGCGUUUCCAUCAUUGCGUGUACAGGGCUGUGACGGUGAAGCAGCUCAGGCUGUGCAAACGAAGCGUGCAGGUGUGAACAUGCAUCUAACUGUCGGUCCACGUCAGGAGGAUCUGCUGCGCGAGGUGUUGCGCGAAGGGCGGAUUUCUGCACUGGCGCUAGGUGCUAUCGAAUGCCUGGCUGGCCUGACAAAGGCUUUGAUCUCAAUGUUGGUGUUCUUCCUCUUCGUGUGUCGACAUUGUGAUGCUGGAUUUGUGUUCGUCCUUUUGUCUUAUGAGGUGGUGUCUUGUCUGCGACACCAAGAAGUUCCUCCAAACAUCCACUUUCAGGAGCUCAAUCCGCACAUUUUCCUUGAGAACUCCCGUCUCAACGUGCCGACCGACGAACUGUCUUUGUCGAGUGAGGACACUUCGCGCCUCGACCAAGUCACUGGGACAUCUCAGGAAGAUGCCACAGGGACUGGACCACCGUGGCCGAAGCGGGUGGCCUUCCUCUUCACAGGUCAAGGUUCCCAGCUGCCAGAGAUGGGUAGACAGCUGGACAAGACAGACGAUGCUCAGUUUGGAAUGUUUGGCGGAGGGUCCAAAUUUGAAUGCCCUGGAGGGACACCAGAUCCAGGACGCCUUGCAUUGAUUCAUAUUUUGUCGAACACCUUGGAGAUUGAGUUCUUCACUUCACGAAUGUCCUUUGCCAUCAAACGUUGCCAUGGUGCCAAGGAUCUUCGAGAGUGGCUCUUUGCACCACAUGAGCUGGGCAUCCCUGCCGAGGGGUCAACUGCCCGAUCGCAGAUAGCGAUUUUCGUGCUGGAGUACGCACUCAGCGAGAUGUGGAAGGUUGGCGAGUAUGCGGCUGCUGUGCUGGCAGGAACAAUGUCUUUGCAGGUCGCAUUGCGACUGGUCACCAGACGUGCGGAACUCAUCGAUGAGAUGUGCAAGCCAGGAAUCGGCGCAAUGGCAGCAAUCUUUGCCUCGGUAGAAGACGUCGAGAAGGCACGCCAGUUCGAAUCGAACCGUGUUCUUGCGGAUGGCUGCAAGUUGUUGUGGAUGUAUGUGCAGCAUGAGGCAGUCAAUGGCGAGUGUGUCAGAAAGUGGCAGCUCAAAGCAAAAUGCUUCCUGGCAAAGCUUGCUAGGCUUAACAUUCCUCAUGCGAUGCACUCACCCCUGAUGGCGCCAAUCCUGCCAGAGCUGCGCAAGGCAAUAGAGGGGUGCCAGUUGCAGCCGCCCUGCGAGCAAAUUGCUUUUAUCUCCAGCCUGGCGGGCACCAAAGUGUCCAACGCGCUGUGCGAUCCCAGCCAUGAUGAAGCCAAGCCGGUGCUCUUCAGCCAAGGAGAUGAAGUCGACAGCAUACUUACGUCUUCACGUGCCUUGGGCAUUGCCUUCAACCGACCUUCAGAAUUGACGCCGCAGCUGGGGUGCAAGACACGUGUGGAUGCCCGCGGAACUGCGACAUUCGAAUCCACUCUGGAUCUCGACAGCCAGAUGAUGCAGCUGUUUAAGCAGCAUCGUGUCUCUGACAAGAUCGUUCUGCCUGGUGCAAGCCACCUGCUCCUUGCAGCAGCUUCGCACAUCCAGCUUGCAGAAACUGUACGGGCGGAUGCAGCAGUGAGACUUUCUGACGCAGUCUUCGAGGUGCCAUUCCUUGUUCCAGAUUCCAAAGUGACGAAGAUCCACUGCCAUGCAUCAGCAGAACUCACGGAGAUCUGCAGCAUCGGUGUAGCUGCCCCGAGCAGCACAAUUGUUCAUGCUCGCUUUGGGGCCUCCGCAAUGUUACCCAACAUGGAGCAGACGCCCGGAAUACUCGACAAGUGGCAUCGUUCACCUCACCUGCAGAACUCAUCCAGAGCCGAUGUGAGCCAGCUAUACACAUCAUUUACUGAGCGAGGGCUCAGCUACGGAGAGUCAUUUCGUACAUUGCGAAAUGUGACGUUAGUUUCAGAUGAGGUGGCAGUGGCUCAAUUAUGUGACCCCUGUGUUGUCGGUUCAGCGCAGGCAUGGGAGCAUAAGAUGCAGUUGUUGCAUCCAGCUGUGCUUGAUGGUGCGUUCCAACUGCUGGUCAUGCUUGCUGCAAGAGGGCGGCACGGUGAUCAAGAGGCCCUCUACCUUCCGUUUUCAGUGCGACGCACGACUCUGGCUGUCCACUGCCACUCCAGAGAGCUUUGGGCUGGUGUGCGCGUUCAGGAGCGAACGGAGACGGCAGUUGUGGCAGACAUUGAGAUCUUCAGCUCUGAGGGGCAGGUGGUUGCAUGUUUGGAGGCUGCCAGCUGCCGUCGAUCCGGCCAAGCCGCUGGGACAGUCAAGUCCCAGCUCACACAGCAUUCCAUGCACACUGCAGAGGAGUCUUCUGAAUGUUUGUAUCAUGUCCAAUGGAAAGAUGUCAACAUCAGCAGAGGGGAGGACAACAUGACAUCCCUUCCAGCUCCGGUUGCCUUGGUGUCAUCAGGAGACUCGUUGCGCAGCAAAGACUUGGCAGAACGCAUCGGAUUUGCCGAUGUUGCUGUUGGUCUGCUUCUCAAUUGUGUGAUUUCUGUUGACGAUGCCGUGUCUUCUAUCAAGGCUGGAAGCAUCGGCACGGUUGUGCUGGAUGGUUUGGGCGAGCAGCUAUAUGUGCUGAAAACUGCGCUGCAGCUGCUGCAAGCAGCGUUGGCCUCAACAGUUUCGCCCCGAUUGCUCUUCGUGACAGGUGGGGUACAGCCACCUGAGAUGUCCGUGCAGCAACACGCCCCUGAUCAUGCAGGCUUGUGGGGCUUGGCGAGGUCUGCAAGCAUGGAGAGCCCAGACUUGAGAGUAACUUGUGUGGACCUCAACGGCCGGGACUGGCAAAACUCAAGCUGUGUGGACUUGUCACCUUGGCUAUGUGCAGAAGCGGCCCUUGUGCAUCGCUCGACUGUGCUUGCCGCCCGCUUGGGGCGUCAUGACUUGAAGCCCACGUGGCCACUGGCGCUGCACAUGCCCUCUCGUGGCAGCCUGAAGAAUCUGAAGGCCAGGCCUGCAGCGCAGAACGGAGAAGUGGAAGUUCGCGUGGAAGCCAUCGGUUUGAACUUCCGGGACGUACUCAACGUUGUGAACCUCGCUGGCAGCAAUUCUGAAGGAUUGCGCUGUGGAGAUGAUGCCUUUGGAAUUGUCUGGGGGCCACCACCCCGCGACAGCUUCUGGUUCCGCGUCCUGGUCAGUGCUGCUGCAGCUUUGCCGACUGUCUACACGACCGUUGACGUAGCUUUUGCAGAGUUGGCCAAGUUGCAGAAGGGGGAGAAGGUGCUGGUCCAUGCUGCGACCGGUGGAGUGGGCUUGGUAGCCGUCCAAUAUGCACAAAGGCUUGGAGCGGAGGUCUAUGCAACAGCCGGCCGCGAAGAGAAAAAGCAGUUCUUGAAAGAUAUCGGUGUCAAGUUCAUUGCUUCGUCGAGAAAUGGUGAGUCCUUCGAGACGGAAAUGAGAACUCUCCUGGAGGAGGGCGGCCGCUUCGUGGAGAUUGGCAAGCGUGAUGUCUGGAGUCCGGAGAAGGUGGCAAGUGUCCGCCCGGAUGUGAAGUACUGCCAGCUUGCCAUCGACGCUGUUUGCGAAAAUGAACCUGACCGUUUCCAAGCUCUGCUGAAGCGGCUUGAGCAAGAUCUGCAAGGUUCAUGGAAGCCGCUGGAGAUGCACGUGUUUGAAGGACUAGGCAAAGGCGAAGAAGCUCUUCGUUUCCUGCAACGUGCCCAGCACAUUGGCAAAGUUGUGCUUACCGUGCCACAUCGCAUGAAGCUGUGGCCGGAAGCCAGCUAUUUGCUGUCUGGUGGGUUGGGUGCUUUGGGACUAACCACGGCAAAAGCCAUGGCGGAGGAGGGUGCGAAGUCGUUUCUAUUGUUCUCCAGAAGCGGAUGCCCUGGUCCAGAACUUGGGCAACACUGGGCGUGGCUGCAGCAAUCCAGCCUUGAAGUGCAGGCUUUGGCUUGUGACGUGGCCUCUCCCGCGGGAGCACGAGAGCUGAAAAGGAUGCAGGUUUUUGGCUCCACAUCCAUGUCCCUGGGUGGUAAGGUCUUGGAUGAUGCCUUGGUUCCCCAGCUCACUGUCAAGCAUUUGGAAAGAACCUACGGUCCAAAGGUAACAGGGGCAAAGCACCUCUACAGUGCCGCAGAAGGCCGGCUCACAGAAGUUCUGUUCACAUUUGGGCUCACGGGUUUCCUCGCCUGGGGUGCUGCAGACGGUGAGGCCAAGCCAACUAUGCUGCAGCCAACGCCUGUUGAGCGCUGCUUGGAUGCUUUGGCUCACCACUGGCAUCUGAGCGGAGUCCCAGCGCAGAGUUUGCAGUGGGGCCCUUGGUUGGAAGCUGGCAUGGCAGCCGGGAGCUUAGCGAAAGGCAGUGACAGAUCCAAUGUUGCUCAGCGGCUGCAUUCCGAGGCUCAAAGCAAUUCUUUUCACCGGCUCAAGAUGGCGGGUAUCAGCAAUGAGUCCGGCUUGGUAUAUCAGUAUUGUUUGAAGCUCAGCAUCCAGUUUUUUGUGGUGAUGGUGGUGUCCAGAGCGGUGGUGGCGGUCCACGGCGCUGGCAAGACCAGUCACUGGAGUUCACCUCGGCUGCGCUUUGGUACAGUGGACUGCCUUCCUGAAGCAGUGAAUUUGAAGAUGACGACUUUGAAGGAGGACGUGCCGCCGCUGAGCAGGUGUGUUACUGACAUGUAUGCCCGCAUUGUUUCUGGUGGCCUGGACAUGGCAAUAACGGAGGUGGCUUAUGACUCCUUGUCUUCGAUUGAGCUUCGUAAUCGUCUUGCAGCUGAAGCACAAGAGGGCAUCAAGAACACCCUGGUCUUUGAUCACCCUACGCUUCGGGCUAUUGCCGAUUUGGACGUCUUCAGUAGGAGACCGUUUGAGGUGCAUGUGGAGAUGGUGUGCUUGCAGGAAAUUCCAUCGUCACGAUUUGACUUGCACGAGGUUUUCGCUGAGGACAUAGAGGCUCUCGGCAACGUGAUGUACGUGCGGCACGGAGGCUUCGUUCAAGGUGCCGAACUAUUCGAUGCAGGCUGCUUUGGGAUGUCUGCCGCCGAAGCAAAAGCCAUUGAUCCGCAGCAGCGCCUGGCUUUGGAAAUGUCUUACAGUGCCUGCCACAAUGCUGGCCGUACGAAGCAGACGCUACGUGGUUCUCAUGUUGGUGUAUUUGUUGGACAGUGCAGCAGCGACUGGGCCAAAAUGUCCGCUCAAGGAGCUGCCAACCCUUACACUGGCCCUGGCACGCAUUCGUCCAUCUCAGCCAAUCGAAUUUCGUACAACCUGGGCUUGCAAGGUGCAAGCAUGUCAAUCGACACAGCUUGCUCAUCAUCCCUGGUAGCGUUAGACAUUGCGUACCAAAAGCUCGGGUUCGAUUUGAUGACUGCCAUAGUCACCGGGGUGCAGCUAAACCUGAUUGCUGAGCCAUUCGUUGCCUUCUGCAAGGCACGAAUGCUCUCUCCUGAUGGCCGCUGCAAAACUUUUGACAUAUCUGCCAAUGGCUAUGCACGUAGUGAAGGAUGUGGAUCUGUUUUUCUUCAGAGAGCUGCGGAAGCAGACCGUCAGGACCAUCCGACUGGCGAAUGGGUACUUGUCGCCGCAUCGGCUGCUAAUCAGAAUGGCCAAAGUUCAACCUUGACAGCUCCAAAUGGACUUGCACAGCAGCGAGCCAUCCAGAAGGCUGUGCAGCUUGCGAAGAUAUCUUCGACACAGCUCAGUUUGGUGGAGUGUCACGGUACAGGGACAGCUCUUGGUGAUCCAGUUGAGACAGGAGCAUUGAAAGCAGUCCUUGGCCCUGGCCGUUCCAUGCCAGUGCAAUUGGCAGCCGUCAAGACCAACUUAGGUGUCACACCCCCGAACCUGCACUUGGCAAAAUUGAAUCCAAAGAUUGAGUUGGAUGCCUCGCAGCUGGAGUUGCGGCGGCAGCCCUUCCCUUGGCGUGAGGCAUUGCCUCGGCUCCUUCGUCAUCGAGCUACGGCACCCAACGAGGUUCACUUCGACUGCCCCGUGCACUCCGAUGUGUUCCACAUGGUUUCGCAACACGUGGUCUAUGGUGAGGUUGUCGUUCCUGGCAUGGUAUUUGUGGAAAUGGCACUGGAGGCCGCCAGGGCGCAUUUGGGUCCGCAGGCUCGUCUGCGAACCGUCCACAUGCUGUGGCCCUGUGUGGUGCCAAAGGACAGUGACGCUGAUGGCAAGCAGGUGACCCUUCGCCUUGCGAUCAUAGGCAACAAACGCUUUGAAUUGAGAAGUCAGGGCCCUGAUGAUGAUGCUUGGACAGUUCACUGUGAGGGGCGUGUCGAGGCUACAGCUGUGGAGACGACAGCACAGGAUGUGGACUCGGACACGAAACCGGCAAAUGCUAGCACAGAAGGAGAUGAAGGAGUCAACUCGGCAAGUCUCUACUCGCUGGUCGAUAGAUCAGGGCUGCAUCUGGGACCCAUGUUCCAAGUGUGCUAUGACAUCCGGCGCAAUGCAGAUGGAAUCUCCUGCCAGCUGCAGCUCAGUCCUGAUGUCUCCGACGAAGGUUACAUUAUACAUCCAUGCCUCCUCGAUGGCUCGAUUCAUGCAGCAUGCGCCAUGGUGGCUGGCGACACGACUCCAAUGCUAAAGAUAUUUGCUGGAGUCGGAAAAGUUUCCGUACAUGCCAGUGUUGUGCCGAUGGAUCACCCGUUGGUGCUGCACUUGCAUGUCACUGAAAACACAGACAAGGAACAGGUCUUUAGCUGCCGUGUUUUCAGUCAAUCGGGAUCCCUGUUGUGGCUGCUGGAGGACGUAGUUUUUCGGAAGGUGCUACCUGACCAAGUGCAAAAGGCUGGUGCCAGAAAGACAGCAGGCCAGAUCAGCUUCUUUGAGUCGAAGUGGGUUGGCUACAUCGGUGAUGCGGAAAGCACCCACGGCUUCUUGCCAUUCAGCAACUCUGAUGAGCAAUGGCUUUUCCUGGCCGAUGCUGGCCUGAUUGAUUUGCUUAAAGCAGAAGUUGGUGAGAAGCAUGUUUGCUGCACUUCUUUGCCAUGUGUCCGUGAAGACUUUGAAGUUGCACAGAUGGUGUACAUCCCAUCGCCUGAUGAUUCCCCUCUUGAUGUUGUGGAGAAUGGCAUUGGUCUGAUUCAGAUGGCAUUGCGCAUGAAUUCCAGCCCAGUGGUGUGGUUCGUGUUGCACGCCACUCAGGCCACGGACGCAAGAUCAUUGAAGGGCGAGGCCAUCCCAUGGCACGCUGGUCUUUGGGGCCUGGCCCGCUGCUUCCGGCUCGAGUCGCCCGGCUCGUUUGCUGGCUGCGUGGACCUCGGUGUCAACUGCAACGGCUCUGAGGAUAUCAUCGCCAGGCUGCGAAAGCUGAAGCUGCAUCGCAAGAGUGGUGUGGAGCUGAUGGAGCCGGAGUUGCUCCUCCAGCUGCAGAGUCCAAGCCUCUCCUUGCUGGUCCAUCGCUUGGAAGACACCACAAGCAAGUUCCGAAAGGUGGAUCUGGGUCCACGAGAUGGUAGCAUUGCUAUUAGCGGUGGCACCAGUGGCCUUGGGCUUCUGCUCGCUACAUGGUUUGCCGAGAAGGGUGCAGGACAUGUCGCUUUGCUCUCCCGCACCGGCAACAUUUCACAGGAGCCGACUGCUGCAGCCUCGUACGCGAAGCUGCAAAGCACGGGUGUUGCCACGACUCUGCAAUGUUGCGACAUCUCCGUUGAGGAGGUCUUGGAUGAUCAUCUUAUUGCAGAUCUUGCUCGGAAUCAUUUCGCCAACGUCUUCAAGCCGAAGGUGGAUGGCUCUGUGAAAGGACCUCAGCAAUUGAAUCUUCACAAAGCCUUUUUCAAUCUCGGGCUUGAGAGCACGGACGGCAGCAAGGUGGACUUCUUUGUGCUUUUCUCUUCCGUGGCAGCCAUGUUGGGAUCUCGUGGUCAAGCCAACUACUGCGCUGCCAACACCUUCCUUGAUGCCUUUGCACUGCACCGAUGCGGCCAAGGUCUUCCAGCUUUGUCCGUUCAAUGGGGACCGUGGGCAGAAGUGGGCAUGGCUGCUCGAGUGGGGACGAGGGAGAGUGGCGGCUACUUGCGGCUGGAUCCGAACUCAAGUUUGCAGGCACUGGGCGCAGCUUUGGCUGCCACAUCUUCACCUGGUGGUGUUCUGGGGAUUUCGCGCAUCGAUUGGUCUUCUUUCCUCGCCGUGCAGCGGAAAGUGCCGUGCUUCCUGACAAACUUCAAGCACCUGAAGAAAGCCGCAGGUGCGAGCAUCCGUGGUGAAGGCGUGUCAGAGGAAUUCAUCAGUUCCACCAUCAUCGACGCACUGCGCAGUGUUAUUGGAGAUCCUGAUUGGACAGACUUCUCUGUACCAUUCAUGGACAUGGGACUGGACUCCCUGUCUGUCGUGGAGUUCAGAAACUUAGUUCAGGCUUCGUUCGAGGGCGUCCAUCUGGCUUCCACAGCACUUUGCCCUGAAUUUGCAUCAGACGAUGCUGCAGAGGAUGUUGGGGGUCCCGGUGCGGCUUUAGGGGUCGUCAAUGCUCCAAGGUUAUCUGGAGAUAACAGCAAGUACGAAGAGUCCAUUCCAGAUGUGCGAGAUUUCAACGUGUCAGAGCCGGUGGCGAUUGCUGGCUGUGCCGCUAGAUUCGCUGGCUGCAGCGGAAACAGCCCCGAUGAGUGA